ACGCUCGCUCGCUCGCUCCCUCCCUCCCUCCACGGCGGAAGCUCGCCCCGUGCCACUUUAGAGCUGAUUUGGCGCGCACGUCGGGGCGGCCGACCGCCGGCACCACCAUGAUGCCACAGCGGCACCUCCGCAAUUUGGCGCCGGACGAGGAAGCGGAAGACGAGGGGGAAGCCGAGGAGAUGCCGGCCACGGAGAAGGACCUGGCCGAAGACGCUCCCUGGAAGAAGAUCCAGCAGAACACGUUCACCAGGUGGUGCAACGAGCAUCUCAAGUGCGUCCACAAGCGCAUGUUGGACCUGCAGAAGGACCUGGCGGAUGGCCUGAAGCUCAUUGCGCUACUGGAGGUCCUGAGCCAAAAGAACAUGUACCGCAAGUACCACGCCAGGCCCAAUUUCCGCCAGAUGAAGCUGGAGAACGUGUCGGUAGCGCUGGAGUUCCUGGAGCGACAACACAUCCGCCUGGUGUCCAUCGACUCCAAAGCCAUCGUGGACGGGAAUCUGAAGCUGAUCCUAGGUCUGAUCUGGACCCUAAUCCUGCACUACUCCAUCUCCAUGCCCAUGUGGGAGGAUGAGGACGACGAGGACGCCAGGAAGCUGACACCCAAGCAACGUCUUCUGGGCUGGAUCCAGAAUAAGGUGCCCCAGGUGCCUAUCACCAACUUUCACCGCGACUGGAGGGAUGGCAAGGCCCUGGGAGCUCUGGUGGACAACUGUGCCCCAGGCCUCUGCCCAGACUGGGAAACCUGGGAUCCAAGUCAGCCGGUGCAGAACGCCAGAGAGGCCAUGCAACAGGCGGACGACUGGUUGGGCGUACCUCAGGUCAUCGCGCCAGAGGAAAUCGUGGACCCCGACGUGGACGAGCACUCGGUGAUGACCUACCUGUCGCAGUUUCCCAAAGCCAAACUGAAGCCAGGUGCCCCCUUGAGGGCAAAAACUCUGCAUCCCAAGAGGGCAAAAGCCUAUGGGCCAGGCAUCGAACCUCACGGGAACGUGGUUCUCAAACCGGCAGAGUUUCUGGUGGAAACGGUGGAGGCUGGGCUGGGCGAGGUUUUGGUUUACGUGGAGGAUUCGGAAGGGCACACAGAGGAGGCCCGAGUGAUCCCAAACAACGACAAGAAGCGAACCUACUCAGUCGUCUACUUGCCCAAAGUGGAGGGUCUCCAUCAAGUAAAGGUUCUGUUUGCGGGCCAGGACAUUGACCGGAGCCCCUUCACGGUCCACGUCUCCAAAGCCAUGGGGGACCCGAGCCGAGUGCAGGCCCGCGGCCCGGGGCUGCAGCACCUGGGCAACGUGGCCACCAAGCCUACCUACUUUGACAUCUACAUAGCAGGCGCCGGCGCUGGUGACGUGGGCGUGACCGUCGUGGACUCAAAUGGUCGCAGGGACACGGUGGAAGUGGUUCUGGAGAACAAAGGCGACAGCAUCUUCCGAUGCACCUAUGUACCCGUUCUGGAGGGAGCGCACAGCCUUUAUGUCACUUUUGCCGGACAGCAGAUUCCCAGGAGCCCCUUCUCCGUCCUUAUUGGCCAAGUUCCACGGAGCGUGUCGUCGCCGCCGCCUCCGCCGGUGCCUGCAGGCUCUCCGGUUCAGAUUGUACCUCAGUCAGUAUGCACCCCCCCGAGGAGAGCCCCACCGCCAACGCCACCAAAACCCAGGCGAACAACCUGCAACCCCAACGCCUGCAGGGCGUCUGGCCGCGGUCUGCAGCCCAAAGGUCUGAGGGUGAAGGAAGUUGCUGACUUCAAAGUGGACACCCGAGGCGCUGGAAGCGGCGAGCUCCGAGUAGCGGUGAAAGGACCGAAGGGACUGGAGGAGCCAGUGAAGGUGGUGGAGGUGGACGGCGGCCGCUUCGAGUGUAACUACUACCCGAUUGCGACAGGAAGUUACAGCGUCACCAUCGCUUGGGGGGGUCACAGCAUCCCGCGCAGUCCCUUUGAAGUCUACGUGAGCGAGGAGGCGGGCCCUCAGAAGGUGCGGGCCUGGGGUCCUGGUCUGGAGACGGGUAUGGUGGGAAAGAGCGCCGACUUUGUGGUGGAGGCCAUCGGGACAGAGGUGGGAACACUAGGCUUCUCCAUCGAGGGUCCGUCUCAAGCCAAGAUCGAGUGCGACGACAAAGGGGACGGCUCCUGCGACGUCAGGUACUGGCCCACCGAGCCUGGCGACUACGCCGUCCAUGUCAUUUGUGACGACGAGGACGUGAAGGACAGCCCCUUCGUAGCGCACGUCCUGCCUGCCGCCGUGGACCUUCACCCAGAAAAGGUGAGGUGUUACGGGCCGGGCCUGGAACCCGUUGGCUGCAUCAUCGACAAAGCGGCGGAUUUCACCAUCGAUGUCGGAGGAGCCGGCAGAGGCCAGCUGAGGCUCUACGCUCAGGACGCUGAAGGUUGCCCUAUAGACGUUGAGAUCAGGGACAAUGGCGACGAGAGCUUCUUUUGCGUUUACGUCCCCGCCAAGCCCAUCAAGCACACCAUCGUCGUAACGUGGGCUGAGGUCAACGUUCCAAACAGUCCCUUCAGGGUGAGCAUCGGAGAGGGCAGCCAUCCGCACAAGGUGAAGGUUUUGGGUCCCGGCGUGGAGAGAAGCGGACUGAAGGCCACCGAGCCCACCUACUUCACCGUGGACUGCGGCGAGGCGGGACAAGGGGACGUCAGCAUCGGCAUCAAGUGCGCACCCGGUGCGGUCGGGCCCGCCGAGGCCGGCAUCGACUUCGACAUCAUCAAGAAUGACAACGACACGUUCACGGUCAAGUACACGCCGCCGGCCCCGGGCCACUACAGCGUCAUGGUGCUGUUUGCCGACCAGGAAAUUCCAAUCAGCCCCUUCAGGAUCAAAGUGGAUCCUUCUCACGAUGCUGCCAAAGUCAAAGCAGAAGGACCCGGACUCAACAAAUUGGGCGUCGAAGCGGGAAAGCCGACGCACUUCACCAUCUACGCCAAAGGAGCCGGCAAAGCUCAGCCCGAGGUCCACUUUGGAGGCGCCGAUAAAGUGCCGGACUUUGAGAUCAUCGACAACCACGACUACUCGUACACGGUCCGCUACACCGCCAACGAGCAGGGAAGUUUGGCCAUCACUGUCCUCCACGGGGGUGACGCCAUUCCCAAAAGUCCCUUUCACGUCCAAGUGGCUCCACCUCUGGAUCUCAGCAAGGUCCAAGUUCACGGCCUGGAGAACAAGGUGGAGGUCGGAAAAGAUCAGGAGUUCAGCAUCGGUACUUCGGGUGCCGGCGGCCAGGGCCGAGUGGACGUGAAGAUCGUUUCGCCGUCUCGCCGACCCGUUCCGUACAAGCUGGAGUCCGGUGCGGGCAACCACAUUCAUUCGGUCAGCUACACGCCGCCGGAAGAGGGGCUGUACACCGUGGAAAUCAGCUACGACGAGAACCCCGUCCCGGGAGGUCCCUUGUCGGUGGAGGGCAUCUUAGCCCCCGAUCCCUCCAAGGUGCGAGCCUACGGUCCAGGUCUGGAGGGAGGCGCGGUGGGCAAAGCGGCCCCCUUUGCCAUCGAUACAAAGGGAGCGGGCAGCGGCGGUUUAGGCCUGACGGUGGAGGGUCCCUGCGAGGCCAAGAUCGAAUGCCAGGACAACGGCGACGGCUCCUGCUCCGUGUCCUACUUGCCCACCGAGCCGGGCGAGUACAACAUCAACAUCCUGUUUGCCGAGCAGCACGUCCCGGGCUCCCCCUUCAAGGCCGCCGUCCGCUCGGCCUUCCAUCCGAGCAAGGUGACGGCCCGCGGGCCCGGUUUGGAGCGGGGGAAAGCCCACCAGGCCGGCUCCUUCCUGGUGGACUGCUCCCAAGCCGGAGAGGCGGAGCUCACCGUCGAGAUCGUUUCCGAGAAGGGCUCCAAAGCUGAAGUUCACGUGGAGAACAACCAGGACGGAACCUACUCCAUCACCUACAUCCCGCAGUCUCACGGUGUGCACACCCUCACCAUCAAGUACGGAGGACACCUGGUGCCAAAGUUUCCCGCACGUCUGCAGGUGGACGCGGCCCUUGACCUCAGUGGCGUCAAGGUUUACGGACCCGGCGUGGAAGCCAGGGGAGUCCUGAGAGAAGUCACCACACACUUCACGGUGGAUGUCCGAAGUAUAUACCAGAGCGCCGGCGGCCAUGUCAAAGCAUACAUUUCGAAUCCGUCGGGCGCCACCACAGACGCCUACGUGACGGACAAGGCCGAUGGCACGUACCGCGUGGACUACACGCCUUUCGAGGAUGGUUUGCACGUCAUCGAGGUGAUGUUGGACGACGAUCCCCUCCCCAAUAGUCCGUUCAGGGUGUCCGCGAGCGAGGGUUGCGAUCCCAGUCGAGUCCGAGCCUACGGGCCGGGCCUGGAAGAGGCUCUGGUGAACAAUCGCAACCCAUUUACUGUCGAGACCAGGGGUGCCGGCACCGGGGGUCUCGGCCUGGCCAUCGAGGGUCCGUCGGAGGCCAAGAUGUCCUGCAAGGACAACAAAGAUGGCAGCUGUAGCGUGGAGUACAUUCCCUUCACUUGUGGAGACUAUGACGUCAACAUCACCUUUGGGGGGCUUCCCGUUCCAGGAAGUCCAUUUCGAGUCCCGGCGCGAGAGGUGGUGGAUCCCACCAAAGUGCGCUGUUCCGGACCCGGGCUUGGAAGCGCCGUCCGUGCUCAUGUCUUUCAAACCUUUACUGUUGACAGCAGCAAGGCCGGCGCAGCCCCCUUGGAGGUCCAGAUCUUUGGGCCGACAGGUGCCACUGAGCCCGUCAGCGUUUUGGACAACGGUGACGGGACGCGCACGGUCAAUUACACCCCCAGCAGCGAUGGUGCGUACACUAUCUGCAUCAAAUACGCCCAGCAGGAGGUUCCUCAAAGUCCAUUCAAGAUCAAGACCCUGCCGGCUCACGAUGCCAGCAAGGUCCGUGCCAGCGGUCCCGGUCUGAAUUCAUCAGGCGUUCCCGCCAGUCUCCCAGUGGAGUUCACCAUCGACGCCAGAGAUGCCGGGGAGGGACUGCUGACGGUUCAGAUCCUGGGUCCUGACGGCUGCGAGCACCAGGCUGCCGUCUUUGUGCAGGACUGGCACACGCAUGUCUGGGAAUCUCUUAUAGCCAAGAGAACCAUCCCGUUCUCCAUUUUUAAGAGAGCCUGUGAUCCCGAGGCCAAGCCCAAGAAGGCCAACAUCAGGGACAACCGCGACGGGACCUACACGGUGUCCUACGUCCCGGACAUGGCGGGCCGCUACACCAUCACCAUCAAGUACGGCGGCGACGAGAUACCGUACUCGCCGUACCGCAUCCACGCUGCGCCCAGCGGCGAUGCCAGCAAGUGUCUGGUCACAGUGUCAAUCGGAGGACACGGACCAGGGUCCGGGGUGGGUCCCACCAUCCACAUCGGAGAGGAGACGGUGAUCACGGUGGAUGCGAAGGCUGCCGGGAAAGGCAAGGUCACCUGUAAGGUGUCCACACCGGACGGGGCAGAACUGGACGUGGACGUGGUGGAAAAUGCAGACGGCACAUUUGACAUUUACUACACGGCGCCCCAACCCGGGAAGUACGUCAUCACCAUCCGCUUUGGAGGAGAGCACAUUCCCAACAGUCCCUUCCACGUACUGGUGAGCUCAACAUCCUGCGGCAGGCGUGCUCGCUCGCUCGCUCGCUCACUUGCUCGCUCACUCGUUCGCUCGCGGCAUGACUGGCCGCUAAAGUGGCUCCAUUGUGCUCACCCACACCAACCAGAUGUCCACAGUUGUUUGACUCCGCCCCUCCAGGCGACCGACGACCCGACGAUCCCCGCCGACGGGACGGAGGCCGCCGCGCUCCGGCCCUUCUGCUUGGUCAUUCCCUUCACUGUCCAGACUGGAGAAAUCACAGGUGAAGUGCGAAUGGCGUCCGGUCGCACGGCCCGCCCGCACAUCGCAGACAACAAAGACGGCACCGUCACCGUCAAGUACUCGCCAACUGAGCGGGGCCUGCACGAGAUGGACAUCAAGUACAACGGCCAGCAUAUCCCAGGAAGUCCGCUUCAGUUCUUCGUGGAUGCCAUCAAUAGCGCUCACGUGACGGCGUACGGCCCCGGCUUGAGCCACGGCGUGGUCCACUCACCGGCGACCUUCACCAUCGCCACCAAGGACGCCGGAGAAGGCGGUUUGUCACUGGCAGUGGAAGGACCGUCCAAAGCCGAGAUCAGCUGCAAGGACAACAAAGACGGCACCUGCACCGUGUCCUACUUGCCCACGGUGCCCGGCGACUACGUCAUCAUUGUCAAGUUUGACGAGCAACACAUUGCCGGCAGCCCGUUCGGCGCCAAGAUCACCGGCGAUGACCCUCACGCCACGUCUCAGCUCAACGUCGGCACGGCCACAGACGUCUCCUUGAGGAUCAUGGAGACGGACCUGGCCAGUCUGACGGCGAGCAUUCGAGCACCGUCGGGAAGCCAAGAGGCGUGCCUGCUCAAGAGACUUCCCAACAGACACAUCGGCAUCUCCUUCACGCCAAAGGAAGUCGGCGAGCACGUGGUGAGCGUGAAGAAGGGCGGCACGCACGUGACCAACAGCCCCUUUAAGAUCACGGUGGCGCAGUCGGAGAUCGGCGAUGCCAGCAAGGUGAAAGUGUUGGGGGCGGGGCUGCUGGAGGGCCGCACCUCGGAGGUGGCCCACUUCAUCGUCGACACCAGGACUGCCGGUUACGGCGGUCUCGGUCUGUCCAUCGAGGGUCCCAGCAAGGUGGACAUCAACUGCAAGGACGUGGAGGACGGCACGUGUCGCGUCACUUACUGUCCCGGCGAGCCUGGCAACUACAUCAUCAACAUCAAGUUUGCCGACCAGCACGUCUCCGGAAGUCCCUUCACCGUCAAAGUGUUUGGCGAGGGCAGGAUGAAGGAGACCAUCACCAGGAAGCGGCAGGCACCCGCCAUCGCCACCGUGGGAGGCACAUGUGACCUCAACCUGAAGAUCCCAGGCAACUGGUUCCAGAUGGUUUCGGCGCAGGAGCGGGUGACGCGCACCUUCACGCGCAGCAGCCACACCUACACGCGCACCGAACGCACCGAGAUCAGCAAGACGCGUGGCGGCGAGACCAAGCGAGAAGUCCGCGUGGAGGAGAGCACGCAGGUCGGAGACCCCUUUCGGGACGUCUUUGGAGACUUCAUGGGGCGGGAGAGUCUGAGCGGCUUUGGCGGAAAGUCUCCACCGCACGACGGCGAGCACCAGGAGAUGGCGGCUCAGGUGACGAGUCCGGGCGGCAAGUGCGAAGAUGCCGAGAUCAUCCGCGGUGAGGACAGCACGUACAGCGUCCGCUUCGUACCGCAGGAGAUGGGCGCGCACGUCGUGGACGUCAAAUACCGUGGCCAACACGUUCCCGGGAGCCCCUUCCAGUUCACCGUGGGCCCCCUGGGAGAGGGCGGGGCCCACAAGGUGCGGGCGGGCGGCACGGGGCUGGAGCGAGCCGUGGCCGGCAUUCCGGCCGAGUUCAGCAUCUGGACCAGGGAGGCGGGAGCGGGCGGGCUCUCCAUUGCGGUGGAGGGGCCCAGCAAGGCCGAAAUUGCCUUUGAGGACCGCAAGGACGGUUCCUGCGGUGUCUCCUACGUGGUCCAGGAGCCAGGAGACUACGAGGUCUCCAUCAAGUUCAACGACGAGCAUGUCCCAGACUCCCCCUUCGCGGUCCCCGUGGCCAGCUUGUCAGACGGCGCCCGCCGCCUCACCAUCACCAGCCUUCAGGACUCCGGACUGAAGGUGAACCAAGAAGCCUCGUUUGCAGUGCGGCUGAACGGCGCUCGCGGCGUCAUUGACGCCAAAAUGAAUGCGCCCUCCGGAGCCACGCAGGAAUGUUUGAUCAGCCAGCUGGACGGCGGUAACAAGUCUGACCGUGCCUUCAGAGUUUUUAUCAGAUCCCAAAAAAUGAGCGUGUGUCUCUCUGCAGAUCAGUACGCCAUUACCUUCGUACCCAAAGAGAACGGCGUCCACUCCAUCGAGGUCCGCUUCGGUGGCAGCCACGUGCCGGGAAGCCCUUUCAAGAUUCGCGUGGGGGAGCCCGGUCAGACAGGAGACCCCAGCAAGGUGUCGGCUUCCGGGUCGGGCCUGGAAAGCGGGACCACGGGGGUGGCGUCAGAGUUCACGGUGAACACGUCGAACGCCGGCGGUGGAGCUCUGUCUGUGACCAUUGACGGACCCUCUAAAGUCCAGAUGAGCUGCCAGGAAUGUGCAGAAGGCUACCUGGUGUCCUACACCCCCAUGGCUCCCGGGAGCUACCUGAUCUCCAUCAAGUAUGCGGGAGCCAAGCACAUUGUCGGCAGUCCCUUCAAGGCCAAAGUCUCUGGCCCGAGCUUAUGCGGCGGUCCCGGUCUUCACGAGAGCUCGUCUGUUCUGGUGGAAACCGUCACCAAGUCGUCUGGAAUGGCCGGGGCCUUCGCUUCCCUGCCCAAAUUCUCCUCAGAUGCCAGCAAGGUGGUCUCCAAGGGGGCCGGCCUGUCCAAAGCCUUUGUGGGCCAAAAGAACUCCUUCAUGGUGGAUUGCAGCAAAGCAGGAAGCAACAUGUUAAUGGUGGGGGUCCACGGUCCCAGGGCCCCGUGCGAGGAGGUCUACGUGAAGCACGCAGGCCACAGGAUGUACAAUGUGACGUACACGGUGAAAGAAGCAGGAAACUACAUCCUCAUGGUCAAGUGGGGCGACGCCCACAUCCCCGGGAGUCCCUUUCACGUCACUGUACCAUGAAAGUUGCUCUUCUUUAGACAAACAGUUUGCUAGAGUUGUGAUAAAACUGUCUUUUUUUUUCUUUUUUUUUUCAUCAACUUUUGUUUUCUCCACAAAGGUCUUGACAGACAGACAGGAAGUAACAAAGAAAGUCUUAUUGUGGCUUUGUGAACACUAUGAUCGUUUGAUAAAUUUCAUAAAAAUAAUAAGUAUUGAUCAUAAUAAUAAAGGUUUGUACUUGUAAA